AUGGUGACCCAGGCAAGCUAUGAGUGGAAGAAUUCCGUCGAUGCUGACGGAACUGUUGUGCUGGUCGGAGAAAUAGUGAACAGUCAGUUUCGAAAGGGAUCGACUUGGAUAUCCGAAAGAUUUCAAUUUCAGUUCGCGAAAAGCAAGUGUACGCGUGGUCUGUGUUCGCGCACCUCGAUGCGAUUUGCCAGGCCAGUGGGAUUUGUGGCGGAGCAGAAGCAGACACUACGACGGAACCUCCCACGACCACUGAGACAACAUCCACGACGACGACGACGACGACGACGACGACAACGACGACAACGACCACCGCGUCUACCGUCGUCACAACCCAUCAAAGUUCAACUGAGCAACCCACCACCACCUCUGAAAUUCUGACGACCGUUCCAACGUCCGAGCCAGCCGUUCUCACUGGUCCGCCGACGGUCGCUCCAACUGCCGCGCCCUCAAAAUCCGCGGUUCGUUCGAGUACCGCCCGAGUGCCAACCACGACGACCCGUGACGUCGAAAAAAUGUGCGAAACCUCGUAUGUCUGUUAUGAGGAGAACAUUUUCCUGGAGGCUGGCGCACACUUCGGAUGGCUCAUCGGGCCCGUUUUGAUCGCUUUCAUGGCUUUGUGA